UAUCUGUCACACUUAACUUAUAUUAUUAUUAUAUUCAUCCUUUAAAUACCCACUUUCCUUUUUCCUCUCACUUCGCUAACACUUCUUUCUAUUUUCUCCAACCAUGAACAAACCAGCUCACACCUCUCUGAUUUUCCCCUUUUCAGUGUGCUACUAGAUCAAAUCGCAACUUUUCUUCUCUACCUUUUGGUCAUUUUGUUCGGAGGAAGCAGAGUCAAAGUCAUACAGGGCUCAUAGUCAUAGCCUCAUACCCAUGUUAGGGUGUCAUGGACGUUCACAGUAGCAUAGUCCGUUCUGUUUUUAAGGCUAGCAGCAGGUUCUUUCCUCACUUUUGUGUGUGCGUGUGUGUGUGUGUGUGAAGAAUAGGACGGGAAAGCUAAAUACUGCUCGGUUAUUAAAUUUUCUUGGUUGUUUAUCCAGAGCUUUAUUAAAUUGAAAAAAUGAAACUUGUUGCUUCCAAUUUGAAGAAAAGAAAGCAGUUAGCUGUCGCUGCUGAUGACUUGGGGCUGCCUGCACCGAAGCAUGUAUGUUGUGAGGUAGCUGACAGCAGAUCUGAAUGUGGAUCAUCAUUACAAACUGUGAAUGAAGAAGAUGUAGAAGUACUUGACAUGCUAGUUGAAUCAACUCAAGAUAGCAAUAGUUUUGCUGGGGGUUCACAUUCAUCUACAGAAGUCAUUAUUGAUGCAGGUAUUCAAAAGACAGAUUCGUAUGAUGAGGCUUCUACUUCCUGGGUUAAUUCAAGGCCAAUCACAUCCGAAAAUGAUUCCAUUUCACUGGAGAGUACACUUAUCAAUACCAAAGGCGAAGGUAUGGAAGAAUACCAUCUUCCUCAUCUGAAUAAUACUUCGUGGCAUGAUGUUGACUGUCUGGAGGAGUGCAUCGGCACACAUUACUACAUGGACAGCAUGCAACAUGUUUCUGGACAGCUUGAAGGGUUACUUUCCUCCAGCGGGAUCCCAUCGUCGGAUAGGUGGACUGUUGAUCGAGAGGCGCAUAGGGGUAGACAGAAGCCAACAAUUGAUCAAGAAUUCGAGCAGUAUUUUUCAACGCUUAUGUUGUAAGAGAUGUAUUCCAUCCUCACGUUCACGUUCCUGUUGUAUGUGACAAGUGCUUGAACUUGUGUAUAUAUCAAUAAUGCAUUCAUAUACUUCUCAUUUCAAAUUGCUUUUAUUUUGGGUCGAAACCUCAUCUCUUACGUGCUGCCGUGCUGGAUUUCAAAUUGAUUACUAGUUACUACUACAUAUAAAGUAUUUGUCCGUAUGAAAAUUUCCUAUCACCUUCCUCACAUGCGUUAACUUUCGGAUAUUGGUCGUGCUUGCUGGUGAUUAGCUAUUACUCUGUAGAUGAUUGGUAACAGAAACUUGUAUGAACUUAUAGCAGUGAGUAAAUCCGCGGAUUGAGGUGGGUAUUAGUGGAUAAAAGGAUCAAUGAUAUACAAUUAGAUACAAGAUCGAUAAACUUAUGCAUACUUCAAAUUUUUACAAGUAAAUAUGUAAGGAUAUAAUUAUGUUUUUU